UUCUUGCUUUAUAUGAAGUAUCGUUGAGCAGAGUGAGUUUCAGAGCAAUGAAAAUGUUUUACAGAAUCCUAGGCUUCGUGUUGCACUGUCUCCUGGAUGUCUGUGUUCUGAACUGCUCCAGAGUUACACUGGUCAACAAUGGGUAUCGAAACAUUGUUAUUGCGAUAAAUCCCAACAUCCAAUAUAACAACAAGCUCAUUGAAAACGUUAAGGAGAUGAUGACUGAAGCCUCGAACUACCUCUCCAAAGCUACAAUGCAUCAACUUUACUACUCAGAUGUAAAAAUCGUGCUACCUGCUACCUGGGCACUGAAGUCGAACGUGGUUCAGAGAACAAGUACUGAGUCAUACGAGAAGGCGAGUGUAAUCAUUGCUGAACCAUAUCUUAAACAAGGAGAUACUCCAUACACCCUGCAGUAUGGCGGGUGUGGCGAGAAGGGACGGUAUAUUCACUUCACCCCAAACUUCAUUCUAAACGACAAAAUGACCACCAUUUACUGUCCGAAAGGUAGGGUAUUUGUUCAUGAAUGGGCCCAUCUUCGCUGGGGUGUGUUUGACGAAUAUAAUGAUGCGGUUCCAUUUUACAUAUCUGACAGCGAAACUGCUGAAGCAACAAGAUGUUCUCUCAGCAUAAGAGGAAAGACUGCUGAAUGUAAGGGCAGUGUGUGUUCUUCAUGUACCACUGAUGAAAGCACAGGAUUACCAAACAAACAAUGCCAAUUCUUCCCAGAGAAAAAUCAGAGGUCAUCAUCUUCAAUAAUGUACUUACAGGGAUUGCCGAAUGUGGAUAAAUUCUGUGAUAACAAGACUCACAAUGCUGAAGCGCCCAACAUGCAGAACAGAAUGUGCAAUUACAGGAGCACUUGGGACGUGAUCAGCAAGUCGGAAGAUUUCAGAAACAUUUCCUCGCCCCACACUGGUUCGGUCGAACCAACAUUCACGCUCCUUCAGGCCAAGGAUCGUGUGCUUUGCUUAGUCCUUGAUGUCUCAAGAAGCAUGGAGAAUCGCAUUGGCAGGCUCCGACAAGCAGCUGAGAUAUUCUUGCUGCAGAUCGCUGAGACCGGAUCAUAUGCGGGAAUGGUCACUUUUAACCACGGUGCAAGCAUUCAAACGCGUUUAAAAAGGAUCAAUAAUAAUAAAGUGAGAGAGGAGCUUGUAAAGCUGUUACCAACAUUAGCUACUGGGGGUACAAACAUCUGUGAAGGAAUUCGGUCUGGCUUUGAGGUACUUCGUGGAGAUGACAGUGCCACCCAGGGGGAUGAAAUCAUUUUACUGACAGAUGGAAUAGAUCACUCUAUGGGUAAUUGCUUCCCGGAAGUGGAACAAAGUGGAGCUGUAAUCCACACUAUUGCAUUGGGGCCAUCUGCAGCUGAAGAGCUAGAAGAGCUCUCAACUAUGACAGGAGGCUUACAGUUUGCGGCAACUGAUGACCUGAGUACCAAUGGAUUAAUUGAUUCAUUCACCGGAUUAAUAUCAGGAAGUGGUGACAGCAGCCAGCAGUCCAUUCAGCUUGAAAGUUCAGGAACAAGCAUUGGGAGCAAUAGAUGGUUAAAUGGUACAGUUGUUAUCGACAAGACUAUUGGUAAUGAUACAUUUUUCGUGGUGAACUGGGAAUCAGUGAUUCCGACGAUGUCUGUACGUGAUCCCAAUGGAAACAUUUAUAAUAACGCUUACUUUAAGAUAGAUCAGUCUGCCAAAUCAGCUCGUCUUAUGAUUAAAGGCACUGCACAGAGUGGAACCUGGUUCUACAGCAUCCUGAACGGCGGAGGUAACCAGGUUAUAACAAUCAUCGUCACUUCCCGAGCAGCAGAUGCACAAGUUCCGCCAAUCAAGGUUAACGGGUACAUCAGCAGGAAAGACUCCACUAGCCCAAUGAUAUCCUAUGUGGAAGUUAGUCAUGGAUUUCUACCAGUCCUGAAUGCGAUCGUGACAGCUAUUAUUGAACGUCCCAAUGAUCCUCCAAUUCAACUGAAGCUUUCUGAUGAUGGUUUAGGUGCUGAUAUUGUUAAGAAUGACGGUGUUUACUCAAAGUAUUUCAUCGACUUCCGCGGAAAGGGGAGAUACAGCGUUAAAGUGCGCGUGCUGGGAAUCGAAGGCACCACAAGUGUAACGGUCAGAAGAGGAGGACAGGCCCUGUGCCUGCCAGGAUACGUGGAGAAUGGAAAUAUUGAGGUCAAUCCAUUCAAAUCCGACAUUAGUGAGGAAGAUCUACACGAUGAAUUAGGAGACUUCAACAGGGUUCAAGCAGGAGGGUCGAUCUCACUGCCAUCGGCGACAUCCCUUAUUAACUUUCCACCAUCUACAAUCACAGAUCUGCUGGCAACAAUAGUUAAAAAUAAAAUUAAGCUGGAAUGGACCGCACCAGGAGGAAACUAUGAUAAAGGAUCAGCAUCUCGCUACGAAAUGAGAAUGAGUGACAAACUUCUGCAACUAAGAGACCAUUUUUUCAGAGCUCUGUUGAUUAAUACGACUACCAUAUAUCCACAACCCUAUGGUUCCAAGGAAACGGUGACGAUUUACUCCGAGCAUCCAAACAUGCAAAAUGGUGCAGCGAUCUACUUUGCUGUGCGUGCGUAUGAUAAAAGCAAUCUUACCUCUAAACUGUCAAACAUAGCCAGGGCAUCUUUCUUUGAGCCUUUGUCUAAGUCGAAGUGGUGGAUUUGUGAAAACCAGAAGAUGUGGUUCCCAAUAUUGAUCGUAGUUAUUGGGUGUCUUAUUGUUGGGAUCACUGUUUAUAUUGUGUGCCAAAAAAAAAAAAAAAAGUGGGCUCCUGAGAGUGUACCAUUGUAAUAAAUGGAUAGUUAAUAAUGAACUUCCAGCCAUUUAGCUGCCUUUCAAUUUUACAGAAUAGGUUAGAAAGGGAGAGAUAAUGUGAAGAUCCGUUGGGAAUUUUGCAAUUUUUGCUCCAUCUUCCAACAUUUACUCAUCCUAAGAUUACCACAAUUGGGGAGAUUUCCCGACCAAUGUUAUCCAUGGCUAUUCUUUCAUUCUCCUGCGUAUAAACUGACUUGAAAAACACAAAGUGCUGGAGGAACUCAAUGGGUCAGACGGAAUCUCCUGUUGGAUAGGGAUAGGUGAUGAUUUGGGUCGGGACUCUUCUUCAGACCGUGAGGUCCUGAACCAAAUCGUCGCCUAUCCAUGUUGUCCAGAGAUGCUGCCUGACCCACUGAGUUAAUCCAGAACUAUAUUUUUUGUAACUCAGGGUCUGCAGUUCCUUGUGUUUCCAUAACCUGAAGAUCUGGUUUCACUUCAGGAUGCUGCAGUCCAGACUUGCACCAACACGUCUCACUUAUUUGCAUUUGAGCAAAUUUAUUUCUCUUUACAAGUGUGGAAUUUAUAAAACUGAUUAAUUUUGUUGCUAUUUCCAUUGCUGUACACUGAUAAAAAAUAUCCUUGCAAUGAAACUAUUGUCUCCUUUUUGUGACAGUCAUACAGUACGGGAAUAGGCCCUUUUGCCCAACUCGUCCGUUGACCAAGAUGCUCCAUCUAAGCUAGUCUCAUUUAGCUGAGGGGUGAUCUUACAGAGGUGUGUAAAAUCAUGAUGGGAAUAGAUAUGGUGAAUGCACAGUCCUUUAUCCAGGGUAGGUGAAUCAACAAACAAAGGACAUAGGUUUAAGGUGAGAGAGUCAAGAUUUAAUAUGAACCUGAGGGGCAACGUUUUCACACAGAGGGCAGUGGGGAGGAACGAGCUGCAGAGGAAUUAGUUGAGGCAGGUACCAUAACAUUUAAAAUAUAUUUGGACAAGUACACGGAUAAGAAAAGCUUAGAGGGAUAUGGGGCAAAUGCAGGCAAAUGGGACAUGUAGAUGGGGCAUCUUGGUUGGGAUGGACUAGUUGGGCCGAAGGUCCUGUUUCCAUGCUGUAUGAAGGUAUGACUCUAUGAUUACAUAGUUUAGUUUAGAGAUACAGUUCGGAAACAGGCUCUUUCGGCCCGCUGGGUCCGCACCGACCAGCGAUCCCCGCACAUCAACACUAUCCUAUACCCACUAGGGACAAUUUUUUUUACAUUUACCAAGCCAAUUAACCCACAUACCUGUACGCCUGUGGAGUGUGGGAGGAAACCGAAGAUCUCGGAGAAAACCCACGCAGGUCACAGAGAGAAUGUACAAACACUGUAUAGACAGCACCCGUAGUCGGGAUCGAACUCGGGUCUCCAGCGCUGCAUUUGCUGGAAGGCAGCGACUCUACCACUGCAUCACCGUGCCGCCCAAAGAAACAGCAGAACCUGUGAGAAUUCAUACUCAAUCCAUAAUUCUUCUCUUGCAGCCAGUUUAAUGUACAGUGGCAUCACGGAAUUCCAGGAAGAUUACUGUAAGGAGGGGAGUAUUUGGCCUGACUGUGCCUACUCUCUGCAAGAGGAACCCAGCUGGUCUCAUUCCCCCACCCUUGUCCCAGUUACAUGCAAUUCUCAUUUCACAUACUUGCCCUGCAACCCGUUGAAUGCCAGUGCAACCCACAUCAUAUAUCGUUCACCCGUGAAGCAAAUACAACCGUUUAGAUCACCAAUCCAAAGAAACGCUGGUCUUAGAGCUACCCAUGUGAAUAACAAUUAUAAUUCCCUGACAGCUAUACUAAUAAAGCAACAAGACACACAACUACAUAAAGGUUAAUAUAAACAUCCACCACAGCAGAUUCCCCAUGUUCCUCACUGUGAUGGAAGGCAAUAAAGUCGAAUCCUCCUCUUCUCUCUUUAUUCUGCCGUGGUCGGGUGAGUCGAACCAUCCGCAGUCGGGACGAUCCGAAGCCGGCGAUUAAAGCUCACGCGUCGGGGCAAUCGAUGCUCCCACGUUGGGGCGGUCGAAGCUCCUGCGGCUUGGAGCUCCCAAAGUCGGUCCCUAAUCAGGGACCAUGAGCUCCGCGAUGUUAAGUCUGCAGGCUCCCACUUCCGAGGUCGAUAACAGGCAGAGGGAUUGCCAGCUCCACGAUGUUAGGCCACAGUGCGGACGUAGAUGCAAUACGUAGAUGCAUCUCCGUCAAGCUAAGAGAUUAAAACCCAAACCCUCCCCCCACCACCCCCCACAUAAAAAAAUCUAAAGUACACUACAAGAUGCAUUUGAACACAUACUAGAAAACAAAAAACGAAGGAAAAGGACGAGAUAGACUGUUGGCGAGGCAGCCAUUGCGGGCGCCACCUGAUGAAGUCCCUCACUGUCUCUCUAUUUUACCCCCUCAUAAAACGCCUUCAGUUUACUGUAUAUAAACUCAUUCUGCCUUUAACAAAUCGAUGCUAUGUCCAAGUCAUAAAGUCAUAGAGAAUGGAAAUAGGUCCUUUGGGCCAACUUGUCCAUGCCUACCAAGAUGCUCCAUUUACACUAGUUGCACCCAACCACGUUUGGCCCGUAUCCCUCUAAAUCUC